GCAUGCGCAGUUGCGUUGCUUUCUACUUCAGGCCAGAAGCCUGUGCGCGUCUGAUAAUCCAGCGGGAUUGUAGCGACUGUUGCGCACGAGAAACACAUGAUCCGAUUAACAUCAGACUUCUCUCUCACCCGCAAGGACACUCGGAUAAACCCUCAGGUGCGGAAAAGGCGCUCGUGUCGCUAACUCGAGUGUGAUUUGGGCUGGUGUGUGCGCGUGCGCGUGUGUGGGGAGAAGAAGAAGAAUAAGAAGAUGAGGCUGCCGGACUGCAGAAAGCGGCGCGGGAUGGAUGGAGAGGUUGGAGAAAAGGAGCUGGCUCUCCCUUUAAAGAACCCGUUUGUGCACGAGUUGAGGUUUACACUGUUUCAGAAGCUCAAGCUGUUUGUGAUGACGCUGACCCUGUUCCCCGUGCGCCUCUUCUUCGCUGCGUUCAUGAUGCUGUUGGCGUGGCCCUUCGCCUUCAUCGCCACCCUAGGACGCAGUGAGAGCAGUGUAGAACACCAGUGCUUCUGGAGGAGGGUGGUGGACGUCGUCCUGCGUUGCAUCAUGCGGGCCAUGUGGUUCGCAGGCGGCUUCCACUGGAUCCGGGUCAAAGGUCGCCGCGCCCUGCCCGCCGAGGCACCCAUCCUCACCCUCGCCCCACACUCGUCUUACUUCGACGCCAUGCCUGUUACCAUGACGAUGGCCUCCAUAGUCAUGAAAGCUGAGAGCAAGGACAUACCGCUGUGGGGGACUCUGAUUAAGUACAUCCGGCCCGUGUUUGUGUCGAGGUCGGAUCAGGACUCGCGCCGGAAAACCGUAGAGGAGAUCAAACGCAGGGCUCACUCCGAAGGGGUGUGGCCUCAGAUAAUGAUCUUUCCUGAGGGGACGUGCACGAACAGGUCCUGUCUGAUCACGUUUAAACCAGGUGCUUUUAUCCCAGCAGUGCCCGUACAGCCGGUCGUUAUUCGAUACCCCAAUCAGCAGCUGGACACCAUCACUUGGACGUGGCAGGGUCCUGGAGCGUUUAAGAUCCUGUGGCUCACCCUGUGCCAACUCCAUAAUGAGUUUGAGAUUGAGUUCCUACCGGUCUACACCCCUACCAAGGAGGAGACGAGGAACCCACAGCUGUUUGCUCAGAACGUGCGCCGCAUCAUGGCCUCAGCGUUGCAGGUCCCCGUGACCGAUUACUCAUUUGAGGAUUGUCAGCUGGCCAUGGCGGAGGGACAGCUCAGACUGCCGGUGGACACGAGUUUGCUGGAGUUCGCCCGACUCGUCCGGAGAAUGGGGCUGAAGCGGGAGGACAGCGAGAUUGAGGAUUACAGUCGGCGUGCGCGGGAGCUGCAGGGGAUAAAGCAGAACGCGGAGCAGUUCGCUCGCUUCCUGGAGCAGCCGCUGUCCGACGUCCUGCGGGACAUGUUCGCCCUGUUCGACGAGCCCGAUGAGGGUUUGAUGGACGUGCGCGAGUUUGUCAUCGCCUUCUCCGUAGUGUGCAGACCCACCAAAACGCUGGAGACCAUCAAGCUCGCCUUUACGAUGUUCGAGGCGGAGCAGAACGGAGGAGUAACGGAGGAGGAGCUGGAGUGUAUCCUGCACACCGCCCUGGGAGUGACGGAGCUCCGGGUGUCGCGGCUCUUCCGCGCCGUCGACGUGGCGAACAGCGGAAAAGUGACGUUCGAGAUGUUCCAGAGUUUUGCCGAGCAGCAGCCUGAUUUCGCCGAGGAGUUUCUGUACGCCGAGAACACGGGCUUCUUCAGCAACUUCCUGUCCUCCGGCGUCGCCUCGAACGGCUUCUGCGCCGACUUCUCCCCCACCGAGCGGCAGAAGAAGGCCAACUGAAGAGUGUCGGGUCCUAGACGAGUUUACUCGUGAUGCUUAUAUUCUUUUAUUGCUCAUUUUUUCCUGCUGCCUGUCCUUCCACCCCCCCCCCCCUUUUUUUUUCCCCCCAUUCCUUCUGAUGGAAGGGUUACGAGUCAUUACAUCCGCCGACCAAUGAAAAACAGGAGGCGGGGUUUGAGACAGCUACACGUUUUCUUACGAAUUUAAAACAUGUUUAUCGUUUAGAAAGAGAAAUACAAACAAUUGGAAAUAUUCAGUUUUGAGCCAGUAGCUAGCUUAAGUCACGUUGCUUAAAAUUUUUUCUAGUAAACGCGCUUUUUUUUUUUUUUUUUUUUUUUU